AUGUUCGGAGUAGAAGAGAGUGAGAAUACUUAUUUUGAAUUAGAGAAUAUUAUAGUAAAUAUAAUAAACAUGUUCUUUGAAUUUCCAUGUGACAAAAAUAACAUUGAACUUGUCAGAAGGUUGGGAAAGAAAGGUGAUAACAUAAGACCGGUUGUUAUAACGUUUAACAGCAUGAGUUACAAGUUACAUAUUCUGAAAAACAAAUCCUGUCUAGAAAAUACUCAGUACUACAUUAAGGAGGAUUAUCCGAUUGAAGUCCUUAAUAGGCGGAAGGAACUCCAAGUCCAGUUACAGAAAGAAAAGGAGAAAGGCUAUACUGCUUUUAUAAGAUACGACAAACUUAUAGUAUUAAAAGGCACAUUUGAAAAAGAGAACCCCACCAAGAAGGUACUAGAAACUAGAAAACAACUACAGCCAAAAACAGAGGAAGAAUGGAAAAAGGGAAACAAAUAUUUUUUGAAAGGAGACCAAUUGAUCGUUUUCGACCUCCGACAUUUAAAAAAACUAACAAACACACGCGAGCAACCUAUCAAAACAAAAACAACAACAACUAAAUCCGGAAAAGCAAAACAAAUAUGGAAGAAACACAUUCUAAAACAACCUAAUCAAGAAGCCUUCCCACCACGGUUGGUCGCCGCGGGAAGAUCAGACCACCACCCUCUAACAAAAAAACAUAAUAUAUACAUAGCAUCGCUCAAUACUAGGACUUUAAGAACUCCUGAAUCACUAUCUGAGCUAGAAGUUGCGCUGAAAGACCUUAAAUGGGACGUAUUGGGACUAAGUGAAGUGCGCAGACCAGGAAAUUCAAUCGAAGAACAUGAAGAUUAUAUAAUGUUCCAUAAAGGCGAAAUUGGAGGCCAAAGAGGAGUUGGUUUUUUAGUUAAAACCCACUUAAAAAACUCCAUAGAAGAUUUCAUCGGUAUGACGGAAAGAAUAGCCAUAUUGCAUUUAAAAAUACCCAGCUUCAAAAAAAUAUGGUCAAUCAUCCAAGUCUACGCACCAACUGAACAAGCUGAUGAACUAGAACAUACAUCCUUUUAUAAUACACUAUCUCAAAUCAUAUAUGACUACUCUAAUAAUAUUAUUAUCCUGAUGGGGGAUUUCAAUGCGCAAGUAGGCGCUAGACAAAACGAUGACGAAUACAUAUUGGGAGAAUUCGCCUAUGGAAAAAGAAGUAUCAAUGGCCAACGAUUAAUAGAUCUCCUUCUUGAACAUAAUCUUACAAUUGCGAACAGUAUCUUCAAGAAGAAUAAAAACAACAAGUGGACAUGGGUCUCCCCUGACGGAAAGUACAGAAAUGAAAUAGAUUAUAUUAUAAGUAGCCACCCAAAGCUAUUUACAGACACCACAGUCAUUUCUAGGUUAAAUUUCAAUACUAACCAUCGCAUGGUUAGAGCAUCGCUCAAAAUUGCGCCCCCUAAGAUCCGUAGAAAGCACAUUAACUUGUCUAGCAGAACCCAUAUCGCGGAAACUAACGAAACAACAUCAUACCCAUUAGCAACUCAGACCAGAGUAACCGAAGAAACAGAAGAACUUGACAUAAGAAACAAAUGCACCAGACUUCAAAAUCAACUUCGCUAUGCUAAUACUAGAAAAGAGAAGAAACAAAAAUAUAUUUUGAGUGAUUCUACCAUGCAGCUUAUAAAUAAAAGAAAAAGUCUAAUUGCGAACAAAAACGGCAUACGGAAUCUGAGAGAAAUAGCCGAAAUAAGUAAGGGAAUAAGGAAAAGCAUACGCAGGGACAGGAAAACAAGGAGAAUACAAACACUCGAAAAACACAUCAUUGAAUCAGGCGGAACCAAAAAAGCUCUUAAAGAACUUCGUGAAGCGACUCCUUGGGUACCUAAUCUCAAAAGAAAUCAAAUUAACAUCACGAACCGCAAAACUAUAGUAAAGACAGCAUCAGAUUUUUACAAAAAUCUAUACUCCAACCCAGCUAUCGCAGGAAACGAACAGUGCAACAACUACAAAACGACGAUAUACCCUUCAAACUUAGAACCAGAUAUAUUACAAAGUGAAGUCAGGAAAGCUAUAUUAAGCCAAAAGUCAGAUAAGGCACCAGGUCCAGACAAGAUCACGAACGGAUUACUGAAAGGAACGCUAAAAGAACUGGUGCCCAUUCUGACGAAAAUCUUUAACGACAUCCUAACAUCAGAACAGAUUCCUGAACAAUGGCAAACCUCGCACAUAAUUCUUAUAUACAAAAAAGGAUCAAAGGAAGACCUAUCCAACUAUAGACCAAUAAGCCUGAUGUCAAACAUAUAUAAGGUUUUCUCCAAGAUAUUACUAGAUCGAUUAAGCACCACAUUAGACGAGAGCCAACCAAUGGAACAGGCCGGAUUUAGGAAAAACUUCGCAACGAUAGAUCAUAUACACACAGUCAAACAAAUCAUAGAAAAAUACAGUGAAUAUAACAAAACAGUGUAUAUGGCUUUUAUAGAUUACACCAAAGCUUUUGACAGCAUCAAACAUGAAGUGAUUUGGGAAAGCUUAGAAAACCAAGGAGUAUCCGGGGCCUAUAUAAACAUCAUAAAACAAAUAUAUGCUAACUGCAAUGCAAGAAUACAAAUGGAAACACUCGGAAAGACAUUUAAAAUCGAAAGAGGUGUCAGACAAGGGGACCCAUUAUCUCCCAAGCUAUUUUCUGCUGUGCUUGAAAACAUAUUCCGAAAACUAGAAUGGAAUGAAUUUGGACUAAAUAUAGAUGGGAGAAAACUACAUCUUCUUCGAUUUGCAGACGACAUUGUAUUGUUCGAAGAGAACCCUCAUAAACUUGGAGAAAUGAUACAAGACUUAAACAAAGAAAGUGAGAAAGUAGGCCUGAAAAUGAACACAAGCAAAACAAAGCUACUAUCAAAUUCAGUCCCAUACGAAAUAAAACUUAAUAAUCAACCUCUUGAAUACGUUGAAGAGUACAUUUAUCUGGGGCAAAUUAUCUCUCUAACUGAUAUAACCACCUGGAUAAUGGAUGGAAUAGAUAUUGGUCACUGA